CAAAGUGUCGCGCAAACGGUUUAGAGUUGUCCUUAAGAUAUACUCUAAGAAGGAGAUGCUUUUAUGACAAUUAAUCCAACAAUAAUAAGACUGUGAGCAUCGUUCUUCACGAGACAAUCCCGCCGCCAAAGAGUGAGAGGUUGACCAAGUAUGAGGACAAGAAUAUCGAGGAGAAUUCAGACGAGAGUGACCUUUCUCCUGAGAAUUCUCAUCUUUCUGGGCGUGACAGCAUUUUAUCUUGUGAUCCCAAACACCGGCUCCGAUGCAAAUGGACAAUCAAAGAGUUGCCUCGUAUCUGCUCACAGUGUGCCCAGUCGUCGGCUGAUGAGCUUCAUGGAAGACUUCCCUGAGGUCCGCUCAGUGCGAUUGAUGAGUCCUGAUGCCAAUGGGGUGGAAGAGGUGGAAUUGAAUUGCACGCCGGCCGCAAUACUCGAAUUCCCAUCGGACGGCUUCACGCGGGAGCAACGCAAGAGCGGCUGGAUCGCCAUUCACGUUCUCCUCGUGUGCUACUUGUUCUGGCUCCUGGCCAUUGUGUGCGACGAGUACUUCGUGCCGGCCAUUGAGUCAAUGUGCGACAGUCUGAAAAUGAAGAAGGACAUCGCCGGCGCCACAUUCAUGGCGGCCGCCUGCUCCAGCUCCGAAUUGUUCAUCAAUUGCGUCGGCACGUUCAUCACAGAGGGCGAUCUCGGGGUGGGCACCAUUGUGGGCUCCGCCGUGUUCAACAUCCUCGCCGUGCCCGCGUGCUGCGGCCUCAUUGCCGGCCAGAUUGUCUUCCUGGACUGGUGGCCAGUGAGCAGGGACUGCCUCAUGUACGGAUUCGCCGUUAUCGCCCUCAUCGCCACCCUCUACGAUGGCAAAGUGAUGUGGUACGAGGCGCUGUGUUUGGUCUCUGCGUACGUCAUUUACAUUGUUGCAAUUUGCUGCAAUGAUAUGAUUGCACGCAAGGCUCAAACCGUGGUGCAUUCGUGCGGAGAGCAGUUCUCCUCGCCGCGGUGCUGCGACAAGGCGCCCAAGACCGUUGACGAGAGCAGCCCGCUGAUGGAGGGUGUCCAGCGACUGCAGAAUGGCCACAUCAAAGACCACACCGAGCCUGCCAUCAGCGUCAGCGUCGCAGAGACCAGCGCCACCAGUGAGCCUGACGAGUGCGUCGCCGGCGGGCCGUGGAACCGGAAGGGCGACGCCCUCUUCCCGUUCCUCUGCCGCUGGCCCAUCGCCCUCGUGCUGUGGUUCACCAUCCCGGACUGCAGACGCUUUCCCAGGCUGCGCUUCCUCACGUUCAUCACGUGCGUGAUGUGGAUCGGCGCCACAUCCUACGUAGUGGCCUUCCUCAUUACCGCCAUCGGCGACACGCUGGACGUGCCGGACUCCGUGAUGGGCCUGACAUUCCUGGCGGCGGGCACCAGUGUGCCCGAGGCUGUGUCCAGCGUGAUAGUCGCCAACAAGGGACACGGCACGAUGGGCAUCAGCAACUCCAUCGGCUCCAACACCUUCGACAUCAUGCUCUGCCUCGGCCUGCCCUGGCUCAUCAAGUCCCUCGUCUUCCCCACCACUCCGGGCGACCACUGGGUGUCCCUCAAGUCCUCCGGCAUGACCUACACGGCCAGCCUGCUCCUCUCCGCCCUGGUGGGCCUCUACAUCUCGCUCCUGUUCAACCGCUUCAAGCUGGACUGGAAGGUCGGUGCCACGUGCACAUUCUUCUACGUGCUCUUCCUCGUCGUCAGCAGCCUGAUUGAGCUCAACUUCUUCUUUCCCGUCAACCUGCCCACAUGUGAUCACUGAAAAGUCCCCACGCACACUUUUCCCGGUGCUUCAAAGUAUUCAAUUUAUGGCUUUCUCGUCUAUCAUUCCCUCUCCUCCAAUAUCUCCACUACUCUUUUAUAUUUAAGUGGCAAUAAAUCAGAGCAAGACUAACAUGGCUGCUAAAGGGUCUCUUCUCCAACCUUCGUAACACACUUUUUCUCAACACUCACACUCAAAUGGCAGCUCCAAUUUUCAUCCCGAAGCCACUCAAGCCCUAAGAACGCCAUUGAGAUUGCAACUGUUCUCUCGAGUGCCAUUGCAGACCCCGUAAUGUUUUCAUGAAAUUUAUAUAUGUGCCAUUCUAUUAUUGCAUCUCGCGCGCUGUGUUAAAAAUAAAGUUUGUUAAGUGUAAAAAUCA